ACNAUCGUAGGGACUCUGCGUUACUUGUUUGUUUUGUUAACUGCUAUGCAGGUUUUAGUUACGGUUAUUUCAAUUUUAAUUUGUUCCGUAAGCUAGAUAGCAUAUGAUGUCGAUUAUGUAAUUGGCUGCGAAUUAAAUUGAUCGUGUCGACUGACCGGAAAUAAAACUAUACUUGUCCGCGCGAUUAAACAAUUAACGGAAACCGUCGAAGACGCUGUUCGAAGUAUGCAACGAAGAGCUUACGGCUCCUCUUUUAACGUUUUUAAAAUCCAAUGAUUCAACCAAACGGAUGAUAAUCCCGAGGAAAACGGCAAACUAUCUCAUUGAAGACAACUUAGAUAUAAAAUUGAUUUGAAGAACAAAAUACAAUUUGUAUUCGCUUGCUUGAUACGAAACGCGGAGGUGUACGUACGGAUCCCUCCGAGAGUUUGUCUAUUCGAAACAAAAAAAAAAAGAAAUGCCUUACGACUGGUCGUAUCAUCGCUGCAUCCGUGCAUCGGACAAUCCGAAUUGACUUACGUAAAAAGAAAAGAAAGAACGCUGAGCAGAGUAGAAUUUUAGCACGCAGGACCUGUCUCGUUGUGAUAUAAUAAACGUCAUUGUAUUACUACCCGAAUGUUGGAGCUCUAUUUUUAUUAAGGUACCACGUAUUAUUAGUCCAUACUUAGCAUUUUUAUAGCGAAUACGUAAGAGUCUUUUUACCUGUCUUGCGUGAGGUACAAUGGAGAGCGGCGGAAUUGCAAUAGCGAGACUUGGGACACACGCUCGGGACUUCAUUUACAUUCACGUGUACAUAAGAAGUUUUUUCGUAACAUCGAUCAGAGAUCUUGCAACCUGUCGCGCGAAACAUUUUCUUCGAUUAGCACCCUAUGAUUCAUUUCUUCUCGCUAAUAACACGCAGUUAGGUAGAAAGAACAAUUAUGGUAUCCACUAUCGUGUUUAGUAAGAAUCGUGCCAUAGUGUUUACACGCGUAUAAAAGAUAUUGUCAUUUUUACCGCCUAUUUUACAUUGUAACCCUCGCGUCACUCUUUUGAGAGAAAAAAAAUAAGGCAAAUGACCGGUGGAAUUGUUUAUCGAAACUUUUCAAAUUACGUCGUACGCACGUAUGUUUCCACGGUGCAGAUUUUAACCGGAUAGUUUAUGCUGCGGAAAUGUUUUAAAAGAAUCGCGGGAUGUUCGGCACGUAAUUUUAGAUAGCGAGAAGAAUGAUGUAAAGCAUAAAUGAGAAUAAUGAGCAAAAUUGUCGAAAUCCAACAGCAAUCGAUUAACAAUAAUUUUCAUACCUACUUUUGAUUUUACCAUUAAACCUGAUCGUCAUUUAGUUGGAAUAUCUUGGAGACGUUCGAUUCCUGCGAUCGGUAGAUUCUGGAUUUUUAUGCAUUUAUAGAAUAAUAAAAAAAAAAUCAUGAAAAAUGUGACUGUUUAGUCUCGUAUAAGAGUCCGCGGUCUAAAGAUGAGUAGUCGAACGUUUCCGAGAUUGUCGGGUUUAUAUCGUACCGCAUAAUGUGCCUCAAUAGGUGCCAGCGUUACCAAGAGCGACGAGUGGCAGUUAGAAUUUCAUGAGAUAAAACGAUUAUUUGCAAGAGGAAAGAUAAAGGACGAUAAAACUAAGAACGGAGCUAAUAUAUAAAACGGUGCGAGCGGAAAGAUCGACGACGAGAUCUGAGAAACGAUGUCGGAACAAGAAAGAGAUAAAAGGAGGAUGGCGCGGAUCUACAAAAAGUAAUCGCAAUUGAAAAAGACAUUUGUAUUAUAAUUGUAGCGUUACGAUAGCGUAUGUUAAGCGCAUUAAGAUUCGUUUUAAUUUACAAAGAUACGAAUGAAUUUUGCGCCGAGGUACAUAAUAGAUAAGUUACGUGGUAGCUAGAUGUGAACGAAUGACAGUAUGGAUAUUCUGUAUUCUGCACGGUCUGUGUCGUUGCAUGCCUGUAAAGAGACAGUGGGAGAUGGAUUAUAUAAUCAUUUAUUUAUUACUUUGUUUCGGGACGAAAUGAUACGCGCAUUUAAACAUCGAAUACGUCAGGUGUGGACGCGCGGAUUUUAUUCGAUUUUUUACUCGAACUUGUGCAAACCUCAUAAACCAUUUCCAUGUUUUUUAAUCGUAUAAUUUAAACUCUAAUUUAUACUUGAGAAAAAUGGAUAGCGCACGCGGAAACCGGUUGCGUAGGUAUUCGAUGUCUAUUAAAAAAAAAGAAUGCGUUUUCAGUAUUGUUUCAAUCGAGAUCGAACGUAUGCUUCCAGAAUCAGUUGGAACGAUUUUAUCUUAAUCUCCCUCGUUCCCGUUUCUCCCCUCCUUUCAUCAUCUUUGUAAUACAAUUAGAGUCGAACACUUUAUUUUUGCGAGCGAACGAUGAAGAGUACAUGAUACUAUUAACAAUAAAAUUAUGAAUUUGCAUAAUAAAAUUAUCGAUAUGGAAUCUACGAUCGUAGACAUGUACAUAUGUAUGUAUAUAUACAGUUUAUUUUCUGCAUGCUCUAUAUAUUAGCACAUGAAUACGGUAAGAACACGUAAGAACUUUUGAAUGAACUCGUAACAGUCUGUUGCACGAAUUAUUCCAAGUACGUUUCGUUCCUGAUAAACCGUCAGGUGUGCAUAGCAGUAAAUGUAAAUCGGUUUCAGAAUUAUUACGUAAUUAGAUUAUACGCGAAUAGCACGGGUAACGAGGAAAGUUUAUUACGUAACUAUUAUUAAAUCGUAUUAUAUAAAAAUGAUAGAUAUUGUAUAUCCGAACAAUUUGUAAAGUGACAGUCUGACAAUGGCGACAUCUGGCCAAAUCGUUCAAAUUCUUUGUGCAUGUUCCACCGUAACCUCGAAAGUAUACAUGACAGUGUUUUACGUCGGGGAAAAUUACGCGUAUUUUAACAACUUAGAUUAGUCUGAAAUCCGUCGCUAUUACGUCCACGCGUCUCGGUUAACGUUCGUCGUGCGCGAUUACCAAGCACGAGGAAGAAACUCGCGAUUUUCAACGAAUAGGGAAGAAACACGUCUGACAGAAAUACGGAGCCCGAAAAUUGACGUGUCCUACCUGUUGUCACAAUAUUCUCGUACGAUGGUAAUGACUUUCCCGUAACGUUCCGAACGGUUCAGUGUUUUUCCCUGAUCACCAAUCGGAGAACGGUUUUUACCUUUGAACCUUCGUCUCACGCGUUUCUAAAUACGCGACAGGAUCAAGCUCGAUACGUUGAUCCCACGAAAUUUUGAACUUCCACUGUGCGCAUCGCCGUCCAGGCCAUUCCUACGUUAAUUUCCUUCGUCGAUUAUGGCUCGAGUGUAAUUUACGAGUACUCAAAGUUUACACUUUAACCGACGUUAAUAAUAGGAAUUAUCCUAUCUGUUUGUCAAGAUAAAUGUGAUCCAGGAAUAUGAUAACUACAAAGUUGAUUAUUUCGAAGGUGCUAAAUAAAUCGAACUGAACUACAUUACAUCAAGAAGAAGACCAUUCUCGUUCUGCAUAAAGACAAAAACAUCGUCUUUGAAAUACAUACAAGGAAAAAAUAGAACACACAAACGAUGGACGCAUCUAUGCGAGAAAGACUUUCUGCCUUUACGGAUGUUAUACUUAGAGUUCCACCUUUAUUCAUUAUAGACGAGCUGCUUAGGAUCGGACUUGGAUUUUCUAGCGAAAAUGUAGUACUAGACAAUACCGAGCAUGCCUAUUCGGAAUAUCUAUAUCGUUACCUCUAUUGUCAAACGUACUUCAUAAUCGUGCUGAAAUUCCUUUGUUGUUGCAUAGGAUGCAUUGCUGCAAUAUGUACAUUCAUGUUAUGGACGAAACAUCUGAUAAUGGUGUAUCUAUACUUAAUACCGGUGGGAGCAAUAUUUGUGUCCUAUUGGUCAAAUGUUAGUACAAUGAAAGCUAUUAUCUCAUACGUAAGCACGCAAGAUUCCACGCCUAGCAUACUCGACAGUAUUUUACGCCUUGACUUAAAAAUCCUUUUUAAUGAAGGAGCUGGCUUCCUAGUAAUACAGAAUUACACGUUACAAUGCAUGUUAGCCAGUCUCUUUUGUUAUCUCCAUCUCGCCCCGAGGCAUCCGAUUCUCCAAAAACUUCUUAUACUAAGUUUUAUGGCACCGUCUAUCUUGGGCAUCUGCCCAGUUCCGACGCAAGUGCUUUACCACGCGCCGGUAUUCGCGGCGCUUCUUCCAUUGGCCGUGUGCAAGUUUAUCAUCUGGUACAAUGGUAUCACGAUGUUGAAGACGAUCUACACGGGCUAUCAGCAUGCGCACAACUUCAUAAGCAACUACGGCCUGUCCGCGUUGGUCGAAACCGAAUGGCUCCGGUUGAACGUACCGUGCGUGUUACGCAUGUUCUGGAUAUUGCGCGUGGGUGGACAAAUAAUCGAGAUCCUCGCGAAUCAUUACGGAGAAGAGACGUUCAACUACUACAUGAUGAUGAAAACUCUCUUAGUGAAUGGUUGCGAGACGUUGACGGCGGUUCUGGGAAUGACCAGCAUAAUUUCGUACAUAUGCCAUUAUAUCGGUUGCUUCUUUCAAUGGGUGCUUCUCACGGAGGACGGGGACGAGAAGAGCAUCGGCACCGUGUCAGCGAUUUUAUUUUACAUGCUGGCUCUUCAAACCGGAUUGACGAGUUUGGACAAGGAUAAACGGUUGGUCAGGCUGUGUCGCAAUUUCUGUUUACUCUUCACGGCGGUCCUACAUUGCGUUCACAACAUCGUGAAUCCAUUGUUGAUGUCGCUGAGCGCGUCCCACAAUCCGGCGCUUCAUCGGCAUCUUCGCGCUCUAGGUGUAUGCGUGUUUCUGAUACUUUUCCCAGUCUCGUUGCUGAUAUUCCUCUGGUCUCACUACACCGUGAGCACGUGGUUACUGGCGGUGUCCGUGUUCAGCGUCGAGGUGAUAGUAAAAGUAUUAGUUUCACUGGCAAUCUACUCGCUCUUCCUAAUCGACGCCUACCGAAGCGUGUUUUGGGAACAGCUCGACGAUUGCGUAUACAUAAUUCGAUCGUUCGGGAACACCAUCGAAUUCGCGUUCGGCAUCAUCCUCUUCUUCAACGGGUUCUGGAUUCUGGUGUUCGAGUCCGGCGGGACGAUCCGCGCUAUAAUGAUGUGCAUCCACGCGUACUUCAACAUCUGGUGCGAGGCGCAGGCCGGAUGGCGCGUGUUCAUGAAACGUCGAUCGGCCGUGAACAAGAUCAACUCACUGCCGGAGGCGAAGGCGGAACAGCUUCGGAUGUUGGAUGACGUGUGCGCGAUCUGCUACCAAGAGAUGCAGAGCGCGAAGAUCACGCGGUGCAAUCAUUACUUCCACAGUGUGUGCCUACGCAAGUGGUUGUACGUGCAGGAUCGCUGCCCGCUGUGCCACGACGUGUUGUACAAAGUCGAGACCAACCAGAACAAUAAGAGAAACGAAGGUAUCGUCAUCGAGCAAGGGGCGCGACCGAACGGCGAAGACAACGUCUUCCAACAGAUGAACGAGGACAGGUGAAAAGACGCGUCGUAGUUACAUUGUGAUACGUACAUAUACAACACGGACAGACUGUUUACGAAUCUACACCUUACAAAUUCGUAAGACAUCGAUCUCCGAUAAAUCUUGCCUGGGGGAAAAAAGGUCUCGUUUCUCGUAUCGUUCAAGUUCAAAGCUCAAAUUUCAGUGCUCGGAACGAGCGAUCAUCAUCCGUCGAAUGAAAUCUACCACUGAAAGAGCUUCGAACCGCAACAAUCGGUAUCGUUACCAUUUAUUUUUUUAGCUUACUUCUUAGGACACCAGAGAGGAUUUCUGAUUUUCGCGAUUAAGAAUGCUUGCGCAUAUCGUGCGUUCUUCUAUUAAAAUUUCUUUCUUGACCUGAAGCUUCCGUGCACACGUUGUACUUAUUCUUCCAAUUUUAACAUUCAAUUCACUCUACAAUUAAAUAUCGACGUUCCCUUUCCAUUUGACACAAAUUAGAGCUCGCUCAUUCGAAUGAACAUCCUUGCGAUCAGCCGAAUUAUCGUGUAUUUUUCUCAGUGCGCGAAGAUCGUUUACUUUAAGCCUAUCAAAGACUGCACCGGUAUUGCCUAUCGUUUCUCCGAUCUCAAACAAUUUUCUACCAGAGAUCGUCGAAUCGAACAACAGACGCGAUAGGAGGUAACAGGAAUAAGUUGCGAACAGCGCUGCUCGUUAUCCCGUUAUUUACGCUGCCACGACAAAACGUAAUGAGAUUAACGAUCCUUCACCUUCUUUUCUUGAAAUCAAUAGAGGGAAAGUUUACAGACGCAGUUUAUAAAAUCGUAUUUAUUAGUCGCAGAAAUCAGCUGUGGUACCAAAUUUGUUGAUAAUUAAAAAUGUAAUAUCGUGUACGAUUUUUUAUCUCGAUAUCGCGUGCGCAUUUUACUACAUACUUUCUGUCGAGUAGAUGAUAAACGUAGAUAUCUAAGGAGUUUUCCCUUAUCUUUCCUUAGAACUUGGAACACUCUUUCUCCGUCGCCUCGAGUCGAAUCCACGAGCCUCUGUGAUAAUUAAAUAACAGCGAAAAUUAUGAGUUUCUUUUGCUCAUUUAGUGCAACAAAACAUUAUUUAUUUACUACACGAUUUAAGGAACGAUGUACGAUCAUUUCUUUGUAAGAUCACAUCAUAUCGAAUAAAUGUUACAUUUUUAAAAC